AGGCGAGAGAGUCGAUUAAAUAUUAAGGAGGAUUGAAUGUCCCUAGCUGAAGUGAUUUUUAUUUAUGUGAAGUGGGGAGUGUUUUUUUUUUUUUUGUUGCAAUUAUUAUCAUUCGGGAGACUUUGAUUGUGGCUCUGACAUUCGGUUAUCAGACCAUUUGUUUGGCAAUAAUGACGAGUUCAAGUCACGGAGAUGUGAAGCACGGAUCGAAGCAGAGAAAACUGAGUACGCGGUAUUUUUCGUUCAAGCGGAAGACAGAAUCUGGAGAAAGUACUUCGUCGAAAAAUUUAGAGUUGUUGAGGAACAGUGAGGAGAUGUUGGCCAACAGUGAGAGGAUUGGAUUCUUUAAGAAUUUUAAGAAGAAAUUGUCCAUCAAGGGAUUUUGCAAGUCGAAGAGAAAGAUCAAUAUUACGGAAUUGAGUAAAGGAAAUGAUAGUUGUUCUAGCGAGAGAACAGGAUUUCCAGAUGUUGCGAAACAUGAAACUGAAAUCACGGAAUGUGCGGAAAUGCCUAGUGAUGUUACAGAGAAUUCGAAAGCCUUGGAAAAUUGUUCGCCGGGUGAUCUUUUAGACAAUAAAAAUGACAACUUCAGCUCUACGGAUAUUCAUGAGCAAAGGACGUGUGAAUCAUCGGGGACAGCGAAAUUAAGUAGUGGGGAGGGCUCCUCUGACACAGGACUGAGUCAUUUAAGGUCACAGAGGUCAGAGGGUAAUUGUAGAGGUGCUAGAAAUAGUAGCAAUACUGGAAAAGAUUUGAACGUUGGUGAUGAAGAGGAGAAGGGAAAUUUAUCAAAUCUCUCGCAGGAGUUGUUGAAGCUCAGCAAAUAUGGAUGGUAUUGGGGACCUAUUUCUGGAGAUGAAGCUGAUGCCAAGCUCCAGGCUGAACCUGACGGUGCUUUUUUGAUUAGGGACUCCUCGGAUGAUAGAUAUCUUCUCACAUUAAGCUUCAAAUCAGCUGGAAAACUCCUCCACGCUCGUGUAGAACAUAGUGGAGGCAUGUUUUCUCUUUGCAAUCAAGGUGAUGACGAUCGCUUCACUUCAGUACCCGCUCUGAUCGAUCACUCUAUGAAUUUUAGCAAAUCCGCUGUUUUCUGCUACUCGAGACCACGCUAUCCUGGAUAUCCUGCCUUUCCUGUACGUUUAACAAAACCUGUAAGUCGUUUUACACAAGUCAGGAGUCUACAAUAUCUCUGUAGGUUUGUCAUCAGACAAAAUACACGUCUUGACAAUAUUCACAAGCUUCCUUUGCCAAACACUAUUAAGGGAUAUAUUGAAGAGGCACAUUAUUGAUUUUCUAAUCAAUUUUUUAGACUGUUUUAUGAGUUAUAUAAUAUUGUUAUGAUUAAUAUUGCAUUUGCAAUUCAAUGGUCCUUAACGAUAUUUAUCACUAAAUAGUUGACUAACAAUUAUUGUUAAGCUUUGACCUGUGAGACGAAAUUGUGAAAGUUAAAAAAAAAAUCCAUGAAAAGAGAAAUUCAUUUUUUCGCCGAAACGCCUAUCUGAAAUGGUAAAUCAUUUGUUGAUUUUAUUUAGGAAAUUUCUAUAGAGAAUUGGAGUUGCAUUAUUUUGAAUUAAAGCGGUGAAUUUAAUGCUCAUAUCCCCUAGACUUUUGAAUAGGUUUCUCAAUAAAGAAAUUAAAGAAUAAUUAUUUGAUGUAUAUGAACAUCAUAUUACUUUUAAAUUUAUUGAUAAUUUCAGAUAAUUUUCAAAAUUUUGUAAGCUAUAUAUAUCAUGAGAUUUUGUACCACUUGGCAUUAAUUGUUUAAUGCUUGAAUUGGGAUAAAUCAAAUGGCGAAAUGAGAUACAUCAAUUUAACUGUUUAUUUAUCAUUAGAAAUGUUUUUUUCUUUUGAUAAAAAUCAAUGCAACGGGGAAAAUUUAUUUUAAAAAAUAUAAAUAUGUCUAUUACAGUUAGAAACAUUUGUAGAAAAAUAAAAUUGCAUAAAUUGAUUCAUUCUGUCCACUGGUCCGCUAUUGAAUGAUCCAUAAUUAUUAAAAUAAUUACUUUAAAUUUAAGACUGAAAUGCCAAGAGAAAGGAUUUAUCCUUGCAUUCAAUCCUUCGUGAUUUUUGAAUUAGUAAGGCUCAAUUUUAUAACAUAUUUUUCUAAGAAAAAAUAUUACAACUAGAUCUACCAAAAAUUUUGGCAAUAAUUUGGACUUCAAUUUUUUUUAUUAUUCUCAUUCUUCAUUAUAAUCAACUACAUAGUUAUAGAAAUACUGCGAUGCAUUUGGCAUAUGUUCACCUAUUCCAAUUCAUCCCGAGUAUAUUUCGUGCCUAAAAUAAAAAGGAAAUAAAUAAAAUUGAAAUUUAAA